AUGUGCGCCAUGCUACCGAAUCUCGCAAGAAUCGGACUCCUUUCCAUAUCUUCUCUCCUCCUCUAUGGAAGCAUUUUCAACAACCAUGCCACGGCAUUCAAAAUCAGUGUAGAUGGUAGAGAGGUUGAAGGUGGUGGAUACUUGAACAAUUUAAUGUUAUGCAGCGAAAUUAAACCAUUGUCACCUUUGUUCCCCUCUACCAUUUUUGCCGUUCCGGCGCCUGCUGUAAAAUGCGAGCAACGAGAAGCGCAAGGCGACUGGGUACUUGAAGAAUUACCGGCCUAUACCAGUGCCCAUAGCUAUUUUGCCCUACGUGCGUAUAAUGGAGAUUAUAUUGUACACGCAGCUUUAAGUCCCGAAUCAGAUCCCAGUGACCUCCAUUUUGAAAUGAUGGCUGGGACUCCUGGAAUGGGGAAACUUCGCGUCAAUUACGUUAAGUCAGAAUUUUGGCUGCUGCGAGACGGGAAGUUGCAACUUAUUAGUGAACAGAAUCCUGUUCGGGAUGGUGAUAUAAUAGUGCUCGCAGGACCAGGACCCGAAGAAGCGAACACAAAUUUCCAUUUGAUGCGGUCUCCACAUUCUAGAGAUCUUCCACCCAAUGAUUACAAGUAUCAGCUUUACUCUCUUUUUCCGGAUGAUCACAUUACUGUUCCUCCCCUCGCGGACAUCAUCGUCCGUGCAAUGCGUAUCAGGUUAACAGGAGAGUUUGGAGAGAUAGUUGUAGGUACCCUACCGGCAGAGCUAAUGCAACAAGUUUCGCAACAGUCCAAGCAAUCAGUUGAAGAUAAAUUGCGGGCACGGCUAAAACAGGUCGAGAGCGAUAUCCUCUCUAACCCCCAAGGAAGCUAUCUAGGUCCAAGUUUUGGCAAUGAUGAUACUGGAGGCUUGUUCUACAGCGAGAAACUAGAGGAUUUAGUCUCGACCCCUGAUAUGCUUGACGAUCCGGUCCCAGCCCCACUGGGACUGGAGAGGCUUAGGGUCCAGCGAGCACCAGGCAUGCGGGCACUGGGGAGGGGAGCACGGCCUGGGCAAGAUGAUGCACUGGCUGAGGAGACGGCAAGGCUAUUAGGCCUCCCCGUUUCCAGAUCUGGCUCUAAUAAAACCCCAGCCCCCUUGACUUCCGAGGGGUCCGAAGAGCAAUUUAUGGGAGAGAUUAGCCCAAACCCUGCUCCCCUGGAAUCAAUCCCCCGGCUUCCUGGGAGAAUAGAACCUCCAGGUUCUGGUAUAGGAGCGUUCAAUGAAUUGAACUUAUACGGUAUUGGUAAUAGACGGUUUUAUCAUAGAGAACCAGAGAUAGGCCUAAGUGGGAGACCGGAGGGUUUCUCCGAGAUUUCCAUUCGUGAUAUUCCCACGCACUGGGGACUGAUAGAGCCAGAUGCAUAUGCUCCUGAAGAACGACUCUUUUUACCAGAAGAGGAUGAUUUCGAGGACCUCGGGCCUUAUCCAGGUGAUCUAGGUUACGAUGGCAACAGAGUCCCUGGAAUAGUCAACUACGAAGAGGAACCACUCUCAAUCGAAGAAGAAGGUGAUAUCUAUAAGGGUGGACAAUCUCUACCCCUCUCCGCAGCUGAAAUAGAAGGAGAAGAACAACAACAUAUCAAUCCCGCCGGUAGUGAUGGGUAUCAGUAUUACCUUCCCGAGGUUUACAUAUAUGAAUCCGAAGGGGAAGUAACGCCUGAGUUUUAUAAUUCUGAAGAGGGUAAUGUUGAUGAUUUCCGUGGUCCGGCGGCACUAGACAUCUCUGGAAGCCUUGGUGGUAUACCAACAUCACUAUUUGGAAAAUCGAGUAACUCACAAGGGAGAAAUUCGCCCUACCCGUUUGGAACUAACCAGUCACCUCCUAAUGGAAACGGCGAUCUGGGCCAACAAUCUGUUCUAGAUGCACAGCUAUCGCCAAUCGCAGGUCAGUGGGAUACGCCGGAGCUAGAUCUCCAGGGCGUAACUCCAGACGAAAUCAUACCUAGUCGAAUGUAUAAUAAUUACAACGGUAUGCCCCUUGAAAAAAUCGAAGAAGAGGGUUCUGGCGAGAGUUCGGCUAGGGUUGAUGACCAAAGGUCAUCACGACUGGGGAUGCAAUACGAGGAAGGAGAAAGCAAUUGGCCCUCCGCGUAUUCCCCGGACCUAUCAUGGGAGGAGCGAUUUGAAAAGGUAGAGAAUCGGAUUAGCCCCGGGCGAGAUGAUUUCGAUGAAGAAGCGCUUGAUGGCCCAGAUGCAGUUGAGCAAGAGAAUUCUGGCUCUUUACAGAAGAGAAUGGAAUCAGAAGAUAAUUCCAGUGAUUCUCCUUCUUUUCAAGAUAUUGGAUUAGGGGAACAGCCGCAGUAUGGGAAUGCUAUUCCUGAAAAUGAUUCCAGAUUCAUUCGAAUUCCAGGUGAGGUUGAUGGAAACGAGUACGACGACCAAGAAGAACUGCAAGCCGUGCCAUACGAUGAAAUUUGGCGUUUAAGGGAUGAGCUGUCAUAUGAUUCACUCUUGGAUGACUGGGAUAAAAAAGAUGAUUUUGAUGCGGUAUCCUCGUCAGUUGUGGGAGACGUUGUAGAAUUGGAGAAUUUCUCAUUGGCUCCUGCGUUUAAUGUUGGUUUACCCCAGGAUGGUGUCAAGCAACUUCCAUGGUGGAAAAAGGCUGCAAAAAAGGUGGCAGAUACUCUGAAGCCGAAGAAAAAGACUAUAAGGAUUAAGGAGCCCACAGGGUUCGAGUAG